AUGCCGCCCUCUCAAAUCCAGAUCGCAACCUCGUCGCUUCAGCGGUUGCUGAAGGAGGAAGCCUCCUAUUACAAGGAGCAGGAGCAGCAAGAGGCACGGAUUUACAAGCUGGAGAACGAAGCUAAUGGGAGUGAUGAGAAUCAUGACUUUAAACUCAGACAAGAGCGCAAAGCACUCGAAGAAACCAAGAUAGUGAUCCCGACGCUGCGCGAUCGCAUCACAAACGCCAGGGAAAAGCUUGAGAACCUCCUGGAUACAGCUACAAACGAAGACGAACGGAACGCUGCGGUUGAAGUACUCAAGGCGGCAAAGGAAGCGCAGAAGGAUGAUCCAAUCGCUGGGGAGGAGAGGACCAUGUCGUGA